AUGGCAGCGCUGAGGAUCGAAACAUGCCAUGUCGCAUGUUCCGCCAACAGGACUCCAAACGUCGUAUCUUGGGGCCGCGGGGGGACGCUCGCCUUCGGAACAUGUCAUUCCGUAGCAAUUUACGACCCCCAGGAAAGAGUAGUUUUGUCGAUGUUGAAUGGACACACGGGAAGAGUAAACGCAGUGCAAUGGGUUCAUAAAGAAGACUGUGCUCCUGAGACUCACCUGGUCUCAGGAGGCUCAGACAGCAGCCUUCUGGUCUGGGCCGCUCAGAAUGGCAAGUUUGUCCAGUCAGCGGAGUGCAAAGGCCACACGGGUGCCGUUUGCGCCGUGGACGCCAUCUAUGCCGGCCAGAGUAUCCUGGUGGCUUCGGCGGCGGCGGACUCGAGCGUCAGGCUGUGGCUCUGCGGGGAUGCCAAAGAAGCCGAAUGUCUCCACACGCAAACAUUUGGCACAGGUUUCAUGAUGGACGUCUCCCUGGCCCUGCUGCCAGGCACCAAAGUUCCUAUUCUGGCCUGCGGGGGCGACGACUCUCGGGUCCACCUGUUCGUUUGGUUAAGGGAGAAGGAACUGAGGAGAGUCAUGACGCUGCAGGGACACGAGGACUGGGUGCGGGGUGUCGCCUGGACCUCCAUAGGUGGUGAGCUGUUGCUGGCCAGCUGCUCGCAGGACUGUCUCAUCCGAGUGUGGCGGCUACGCGCCAAGUCCGGGAGCGGCGCCCGGUCUGAGGGCGACCGGGACGACGCCGUCAUCAAAAUGAAAGAGGACGUUUUUCGAGUCGAGGAGCAAGAAGAGGGCAGAGUGUUUGCCGUGGCUUUAGAAACUGUCCUGGCGGGACAUGAGAACUGGGUAUACGGCGUUCACUGGCAACCUCCUUCUUACACAGGUGGCGAACUGAAACAACCUCUUAGUCUGCUCUCGGCCUCUAUGGACAAGACCAUGAUCCUCUGGAUGCCCGACCAGGCUUCUGGAGUCUGGAUGGAGCAGGUACGUGUCGGGGAGGUGGGAGGCAACACGCUGGGUUUCUACGGCUGCCAGAUGAGUCCGGAUGCUUCCGGGAUCCUGGCUCACGCUUUCCACGGCGCACUUCAUCUAUGGAGCAAGGACGACAGCUCGGGUGAGUGGAAGCCCGACGUGGUUCUCUCUGGCCACUUUAACUCGGUACAAGACCUAAGCUGGGACCCCGAGGGUGAGUUCAUCCUCAGCGUGAGCUCGGACCAGACCGCCAGGCUCUUCACACCGUGGAGGACAAAGCCGGGGGGGACGUCGCGGACCACCUGGCACGAAAUCUCGCGGCCGCAGAUCCACGGCUAUGACAUGCAGUGUCUGGCCACGCUGGGUCGCUUCCGGUUCGUGUCGGGCGCCGACGAGAAAGUGCUGCGCGUCUUUCAGGCGCCGCGCAAUUUCGUGGACAAUUUUGCCAACAUCUCUGGGACAUCCAAGGAGAAGCUGCUGGCGUCCGGGGACCGUACCACACUGCCUGAAGGGGCCAGCACGCCUGCACUAGGGUUGUCCAACAAGGCCGUCUUUCAAGGUGAUCUUGUGCCGUCAAACAAAGAUGGGGAGAAAUUCAGCAGUAUAUCCGACCAAUAUCAAGAGUCCUACUUUCACCCCAUCAACAUGACUGAACCUCCACCUGAAGAUCAUCUGCUGCAGAACACACUCUGGCCCGAAGUCCAAAAACUGUACGGCCACGGCUUCGAGAUGUUUUGCCUGGCGUCCGACUGCGGCGGGACGGUAGUGGCGUCGGCUUGCAAGGCGUCCAAGGCCGAGCACGCGUCAGUGCUGCUUUGGAGCGCAUCCACGUGGCGCCAGCUGCAGGUGCUGCCGUGCCACGCCCUCACCGUCACGCAGAUGGCCUUCUCGCCGGACGCCGACAUGCUACUGCUCGUCUCCAGAGACCGCACCUGGUCUUUGUGGCGCCGACGUCAGCAUGAUCCAGAACCUCAGUAUGUUUUGUACGCGCGCACCACCAAGGAGACGUCGGUCCACAGCCGCAUCAUCUGGUCAUGUGACUGGAGUCCCGACGGCAAAUUCUUUGUGACGUCGAGUCGGGACAAGAAGGUGAUUGUGUGGGGACCUUGUACAAAAGACAGUUGUGAGGACACCAUCACUUCUCCUGAGGUGACGCCGUGUUCUUCCAUCUUGGAUGUUGGCGACUCUGCGACGGCCGUUGCUUUCUGCCCUCAACUCUGCUCAGAUAACAGUUACCUGCUGGCUGUGGGACUGGAGUGCGGUCGGAUCGUUGUGUUCGGGUGGAAGCCUGCUGGAGAUCCCGCUGGAGGCCAAGACUGGAUCAGAUAUGGAGAAACAGACACUUCACAGAGUCACACUCUGGCCAUCAAGAGGCUGCGCUGGAGGCCCCGGGUGGGCCUAGCAGAGGAGAGCGGCCUGCUGCAGCUGGCCAGCGCCGGAGCCGACCACGCCCUCAAGAUCUUCAACGUCCACAUAGAGGGUCUUUAG